GCACCUGUUGUCCGACCGUUAAUUGAUCACACCAAACGGUUUUUGCGUAUCGUGAGAAAGUGGCGUGCUUUCUGAUGUUUCCCUCAUUCGGUCUUUUUGCUGAUAUAAAUUGUCCAUUCUCAAAACGUGGGCUUUGUGAGCGGCCUCACUGUUUGUACAAACAUGCCACAGAAUUGCGGAAAACGUUUGGUGCCUCGUAUAAAUCAUCGAUAGUUGACUUUGCAGGAGUGCAAAAUGACUAUCCAGUGAAUGACGAUACCAAAGAUGACUGUCUCCAGGAGCUGGAGAGGAUCAACAAGGAGAUCGAAACUGUAAGGCACGAGGUGGAGCAGGAGCAAAAGCGACUGUCGCACUACCAGACAGUACAGGCAGACAGCAUAAACACUGUGCCUACAUGCUCUGUUUCCAAGUCUGAGACUGCAGGUAAACGUGUAGACAAAGGUUCCUAUGGGCUGACUUCAUCCACAGACUUUACAAAAACGUACUCCCGAGCAAGAAAGUACGUGGUUGACAACUCAAAACCAAGGACUGAUUUGGAGUAUGACCCUCUGUCCAACUUUUCUGCUGGCUUAAAGUCUUACAGCUCAUCAGGUAAAGAGCAAAAAGUGAAAAAUAGACAAGGUUUGAAAAGGGCAAACAACUCUGUACCUUGUGACCAAAAGAAGCCAGUCCCAUGUCUGUCUCAGCUUUUCCCAUCUCCAGAGCCACUUGAUGACUCUAAUGAAGACAGCGUCCUGAUCAUUGACAUUCCGCCCUCGCCUGACAAAAAGAGAACGAGAGCUCAGAAAUCUGUUGAUUUUGUUGCUGGCAAAUCCCUCCAGGAAGAAGUGGAGGAAUUAGAGGUCAAGACUGCUCCUAUUUUAAUUCUAAACGCUGAGGCGUGCAAAGUAACAUCUCCACCUGCAUCAACGAUAGAAGAAAAUGGAGUUUAUAGUAAUUGCGUAGCUGAAAACAAUGAGGAUCCCAUUAAUCUUUAUGAGAACAAAGAAUGUGAAAAUAUACAAGUUGAUGGGAGUUUAGUUGAGUUAACUGACGGAUUACAAGCCCUGCAAAGUGCAAGUCAGACAAUUGCUCACUAUCAGGCUUCUGAAUUUGUAGUGGAGAAAAGUUAUCAACCUGCUAGUUCUUUCUUCUUAGACCAGCAAGACCUGGUUGAAAAGGAAGAAAACCUGUUCCAGGUUGAAUUCCAACCUCAGUGUGAACACCCCUGUAGUGUUAAGAAAAUGAUUCCGCUGCAGUCGCAUCAUUUUCAACCAAAGAAUUCCCUUUUUUAUAAAGCUUCAGUGGCUAACUCGGACUCACCAUGCAUCCAACACACCAAGCAACCCCAGAUAGCAACAGAGCAGCCAGCUCAGACCAGGGUUAGUAAUCAAUUGUUUUCCUCAAAAUAUGAACCAUCAGUGCUGCCACACAGCCAGAAACCCUCAUGCAAAAUGCCAGGACAGAUGCAGGGUAAAGCUGCUGCACAUGAAAGCUACCUGGAGCCAGCAGAACCAGCUUUAGACAGUGGCGACUGUCAGGAUCUGCACGAUUCGUCGGCUUCAAAUUUGGCAAACGGAGCUGAAUCAUCAUCCGCAUACACUGAACAGUUUUUUGUGACGGAAGAGAAGGAGAAGGUUAUAAUCAUUCAUUCCAGCUCUGAUGAUGAAGACGAGCUCAACUAUUCAGAAAUGGAGCUGUCUGACAGUGACCCAAUGGAGGAAUGCUACAGGAUCUUCAUGGAGGCAAACAACGAGGAUAAGGGUGAUGAUCAGCCUGACGUGUCUGUUGGAGCUAUGGAUGAGGAGAAGCCGAAGUUAAACGUCAAACAAGCAUUGCCAGGAAAGAAGAGGGUGGCUCAUGAAGUCAAACAUAUAGAGCAGCCAGUGGCUAAGAGCAGACCUCAGCCACAAGUGCUGGUUCCCCUACGUGGGCCUGCGGUGUCAGGAUUUGCCUCCCAGCCCUCCAUCACCUCAAAGAUCCAGCAGGUACAGCAGAGAGCCUCCAUGCUGACUGCUUCAGUUAAAGGUGUUCAGGCUUUUGGUUCCUCCAGCUGUCAAAGGAUGCCAGAGACCCAUAGUGCAUCUUUUCCUUCAACUCAAACACCUGAGAACCUGCAGCCUGCUCCUGUGCAAAAUGCUUACAUGAACUACAUAUCUUUGGGAACCGCUGUGAUCGGAGUGGGCAACAACUUGCACUUGAUCCUCCCAGAAGGCACCUUCCCUCUGCCCAUCACUUCCAGCCAAGUUACUUCAGUGCUAACCCCGAUCAGUCAAGUGCACACGGGCACUGUCGCUGUCAGACAAAUUUACCAUCCACCUUCACUUACCCCCUUGCAAAGAUACCGCACAACUGCACCUGUGCUCAUUCCUGCACCGGCACGUAAACCUUCAUUGACCUCUGCCUUUGCAGCGGUACAUUCUAGUACAACCGCUUCCGCUGCUCCUCAAGCUGCUGUCCAUCCUACUCUUAAGCUAAUGCCUACUAAACGUAAGAUGAAGCAGCAGUUUGAGGCCGCCAAAGAGAAAGUGCCCCGUGACAUCAGACAGCGUUAUGUCAACCUGUUUACAGAGGAGUUCCUCAAGACGACACCCAAUGUUAAUGAAGCCUUUGAAAAGGCACUUGCUGAAGAGAAAGCUGUGUAUAAUCGCAGUGUGAACAAACUCAAAUAUCUGAGUGUUGCAGUGAAUGCACUGAAGAAGCUGAAGAACCAAAGUACUGUUGCUGCUAAAGAUGAAAAUGAAGUAAACUGCCAAAGAUCCAAAGGCAACAUUCCCCUUAAUCUGAAGAAGUGUAAAGCAGAUGAUAUGGCAUUGUAUGAGAGUUUGAUGGACUACAUUUUGACUGAGGAAAAGCUAGUUGAGGGCAACUAUCCUGUCCAGCACCCAGAGAAACCUGGCUGUGCUGCUCUUUUCGAUGACGAUAGGAAGUGCCAUGCAGACCCCCUCAAGAGGAUCUGCUGUCGUUGUGGGGCUACGUACUCUGUGAGCCAAACGGGCAAACACAUCCGUAAGGAGGAGUGUAAUUACCACUAUGGGAAAGGAGUUACGAAGAAAGUGCCAGGUGGAGUGGAGACCCGCUACAGCUGUUGUGAGGGAGUCAUGGGAGCACCUGGAUGUCAGGUGUUUAAGUUGCAUGUCCAUGAUGCUCUCAGCCUGGAUGGGUUUGUGUCGACCGUCACGAGACAUCCCUCGGAUACGAGCUGUCCUGGGGUCUACUCCUUGGAUUGUGAAAUGUGUUAUACCGUUCAUGGUCUGGAGCUGUCCAGAGUGACCGUGGUCAACUGUAGUCUGCAAGUUGUCUAUGACACCUUCGUCAGACCUGAUAAUGAGGCCAUUGACUAUAACACCAGGUUUUCAGGCAUCAGUGAGGAAGAUGUGAAGGGUAACCGCACCUUCCUCAGAGAGGUGCAGGAGACCUUAUUGAGCUUCAUCAGCGCAGACACCAUUCUGAUUGGACAUGGCCUUGAAACAGACCUCUGUGCCCUGAAGGAUUUUUAAAACACAGCUGAACCCAAGCAGAGCGAAGCCAUUCACAUUCAACAUGGCCGCCACCUAAGCUCAGAACAAUUUCCCUGUAAAGAGCCUUUUUUGAUGUUGUUUCAAGAGUGUCCAUGUGCAUUAUUCAUGCCUACUAUUCAUUUAAUUUUAAUGCCAUGUUUUUUUUGGAUUUCUUUUUAGAAGCACAUUUAAACACUUAUAUUUAAAAAAAUGUCAUCUAGCAAUAGUGCAUUGUCUAAAUAAUUGAUUAGUUAGGAAGUGGGUUUUUUAAAGUAUGGCUUGAUAACCUGAAUGUACAGGGUGUUGACAAACUUGUAUAAAUACCUCAUGAGAAAGUACAAACUCUGAAUUAAUUUGACAAUCACAUUUACAAACACUGCAGAAACUCUGGUUCAUUGUAGAUUGCAAAAUGCCAACUUUUCUUAGCUGUUAAAGGUUUUUGGCAAGUUAGACUAGCAACACAAGAAAACUAAGCUAUAAAAAAGGGCAAUACUAUGUUUGUUAAAUGUAAAGUCUCAAUCA